GGUCACAUGGCGAGCGUCAGCCGUGUUGCAGGAAGUGAAGCAGUCAUGGCGACCCCAGUCGCAUUACUCUCCGAAUCUGUGCUCGGAUGGUCUAUUUUCACGAUUGUUUUACUGGUCAUCGUUGCUUUCUGCUGGGUCUAUAUUCGGAAAUAUCAGAGCCGGCAGGAGAGCGAGGUGAUCUCCACCAUCACUGCGAUAUGCGCUCUGGCCAUUGCGCUCAUCACGUCGGCUCUUCUUCCUGUUGACAUCUUCCUAGUGUCCUUCAUGAAAUACCCCAAUGGCACUUACAAGGAAUGGGCAGCAAGCAAUGAGACCAGGCAGCAGAUCGAAGACACUGUUUUGUACGGCUACUACACUCUGUAUUCCAUCAUUCUGUUCUGCGUCUUCUUCUGGAUCCCCUUUGUGUAUUUCUACUACGAGGAGAAAGAUGAAGACAACAGCAACAAGUGCUUGCAAGUGAAAAACGCACUGAAGUAUACAAUAGGAUUUGUGAUUGUGUGUUCAGUGCUGCUUUUGAUUGGGACAUUUGUUCCGUUGGAAUCUCCACCCAACCAGAACUCUACUCAGUGGGAGAAGGUGCAGUAUCUGUUCGAGGAGCUGGGUAGCAGCCAUGGCCUGGCCGCCCUGUCGUUCUCCAUCAGCUCGCUCACCUUGAUUGGCAUGCUGGCAGUGAUCACAUACACGGCGUAUGGGAUGUCCGUCCUGCCGCUGAACCUGAUUAAAGGCACGCGAAGCAUCCUGUACGAGCGACUGGAGAACACUGAAGAUAAGGAGGAGGUGGAGCACCAGAUAGACAAGCUCAAAGCCAAGGUCUCUUGUGCUGAUGGGCGUCCUCUGUCUAUGAGAGACCGGAGGAACCUCCAGGAUCUUGAAGCUAAACUACAGGUUCUGCAUCGGCGGAGCCGUCACCUGGAGAUCGCAGAGAGGACCUGCUGCAAUAAAGUGGGCUCUGCUCUCCGGCCUAUGAAGAUCUUGCUUGGGGUCUUCUUCAUCCUGGUGGCCCUUUUGUUCUUCGUGACCUUGUUUAUCUCCAAUCUGGAUAAGGCUUUACAUUCAGCUGGCAUCAGCACUGGAUUUAUCAUCUUUGGGACCAACCUAACCAACCCUCUCAAUGAGCUACUGCUGGCACUGCAACCGGUUUUCCCACUGGACUAUGUUCUCAUCACCAUCAUCACUAUGUACUUUGUCUUCACUUCCAUGGCCGGGAUUCGUAACAUGGGGAUUUGGUUCUUCUGGAUACGGCUGUAUAAGAUCAGGCCUCAGAGAACCCAACCUCAGGCCCUCCUCUUCCUCUGCAUGAUCCUCCUCCUCAUCGUCCUCCACACCAGCUACAUGAUCUACAGUCUGGCCCCGCAAUACGUCAUGUACGGCAGCCAGAAAUACCUGCUGCAGACCCCUCUGCCCACAGCAGACCCAUCACAAGGCAAUCAUUCCACUGCCGUCACUAAGAUAUGUGACGCGGACGCUCCUGAAGACCAGUGCACAGUAACAAGAUCGUACCUGUUCCUGCACAAAUUUUGGUUCUUCAGCGCUAUCUACUAUUUUGGCAACUGGGCUUUCCUUGUGGUCUUUCUUAUUGGGUUGGUAGUUUCAUGCUGUAAAGGCAAGAAAUCUGUGAUCGAAGGGGAAGUUGAUGCAGAUGAUUCAGAUGUCAGUGAUGAUGAAUAUGUGCAUUAACUUACUUAAGUCCUGUUUUAUCUUGGUUUCAUUACUAGUCAGAGCUGGAAUGAAAAGAAUUGUAAAACAGUUUUUCAUAUCUUUCGUUCAUUGUUCAGAGAGAGAAAUACUGACGUUCUUUAAGACUGAAUGUGUUAUGAUGCCAAAUAGAUUUUGUGACACUAGAGGCAUUGUCAUAUUUAACUGAUAGUAGUAGUCUGAUAUGCUAACCCGUCUUUACUACUGACCCUUACUACUAACUAAGGGUAUAUGCAUGUCGUUUUGCAUUGCUGUCUAAAAUAAUUCAACAAAAAAAAAGUUUUUCUCUCUAAACAAGACCAAAUUUAGUUUAAAAUAAGUUAAAACGGUACAAAUCCUUAUGCUGAUUUAUUUAUUUACUUUUUUUUUUUUUGCUAGGCAUAAUGCUCCAGUGUUUCUGAUGUGUGCUUUUUUAAAUGUUACUUUAAUCCCUGAGGUUGAAUUCCUGUCAUACUGCUUGUGGACACAUAGAUUUUUACUUUAGAAUUAUUGGAUUGUACUGGCAAGAGAGCUUGCGGAGUUCUAGAGGACUGAUGCAAGAUUAAGCAAUUUCUGUAAAAAUUCAUUUAGCAUACAGUAUUGGUAUGUUUUGUGGUUUUCUGAAAUUAACAUUUCUCUUGCAAAUGCUUCUGUAUUAAUGCAGGUUUGAGUCAUUAAUAAAGACUAAAAACAAUAUCUCAGAUUUUAAAA